AAAGUUGGUCUUCGUGUGUGGGUUUCAUCCUCUCUCUCUCUCUCUCUCUCUCUCUCUCUCUCUCUCUCUCUCUCUCUCUCUCUCUCUAUUAGGUAUGGCCUUGUCUGGAUCUGCACUACGCUUGUAUUUGUGCUUUCCUCUCUCGGAAACUGUGCCACGUACCUCGUGAAGAAACGAACCGACAGUGAAGCACCUUGGGUCUUUGAUGUGAACUAUAUAAACUUGGCAGCAUCUUUGAUCUACGGCUAUGCAAUAAUUGUGCCGGUGGCGUUUUAUUUCUCACUCCGGUAUAUGGGGUCCAGAGCUGAUCUUCUAAGAUUCUGGUGCCUCUGGGGAUACUCUCUCUUCAUUUUCGUUCCAACCACUCUUCCAUUGCUUAUUCCAGUGGAGUUUCUGAGAUGGGUGAUUAUACUCUUAGCUGGUGGCGCAUCGUCCUGCUUUGUUGCCCUGAAUCUACGGUCUUACCUUGAGGCGAGCAAUGAUCUGACGGCUGUUGUGGCUGCAGCGUUUGGUCUGCAAAUGGUUCUGUCUAUCUUCGUCAAAGUCUGGUUCUUUCCUUAAGUCCCUCCACACCACACGAUAAAACAUAUAUAUAAUGUUUGUAAAAAACGUUUUAGAUUUUGAUGUGAUGUGGUAGAACAAUUGAAUUUGUCAUUACCAGAGAAACAAAACCCCACAAAGUAACAUAUACACUGAACUGAAUCAUCGGGAUUCGUUUUGACUUGCUUAGUUUCUUGUUUGCUUGUUUUUUUUUUUUGUGAGUUGAAUUGUCUUAGGAUUUUAUAAUUUAAAUGGUUGAUUUUUA